AUGAAAGAAGCAAUAAGCAAAAGAGAAGAAGGCCAAGCACUAAUAGAUAUCUGGAAUUAUGUGUUCGGUUUUACUUCAAUGGCUGUAGUGAAGUGUGCUGUUGAUCUAGGAAUACCUGAUGUCUUGGUGAAUCCCAUGACACUCUCCGAGCUCUCUUCUGCCCUCGGUUGUUCACCUUCUGCUCUCUAUCGCAUCAUGAGGUUCUUGAUUCACCGCGGGAUCUUUAAGGAGACAGUGAACGAUAAUAAAGAACAAUUAGAAUCAACUAUUUACGCUCAAACGCCUCUUUCCCGGCUUCUAAUGAGAAAUGGAGCCAAUAGCAUGGUUGAUCUUUUGCUACUAGAGACCAGCCCAGUAAUGCUUGCACCAUGGCUCAGCCUAAGUGCAAGAGCUUUAGCUGAUGGCACUUCAUCAUUUCAGGCUGCAAACGGUGAGGAAAUAUGGCGCUAUGCUGCGAAAAAUCCAGCCCAUUGCAAGCUGAUAGACGACGCAAUGGGGUGCCUGGCUAGGAUAACAGUGCCAGCAAUUCUUGAUCACCAUCCAGAGAUUUUCGAAGGGAUUACUUCUUUGGUGGAUGUUGGUGGUGGAAAUGGAACGGCUCUUAGCAUUUUGGUUAAGGCUUGUCCAUGGAUUAAGGGGAUUAACUUUGAUCUCCCUCAUGUAGUGUCUGUGGCUCCACAUUAUGAUGGAGUUGAGCAUGUAGGAGGCAAUAUGUUUGAACGCGUUCCUAAGGCUGAUGCUGUUUUCAUCAUGCAAGUUUUACACGAUUGGAACGAUGAAGAGUGUAUAGACAUCUUGAAAAAGUGCAAAGAAGCUAUUCGUGCAAACACGGGAAAAAUGAUCAUCGUGGAGGUUGUCGUUAACGAAGAAGAAGACGACAAGUAUAAACGUGUUCACUUGUAUCUAGAUCUGAUUAUGAUGGCACAUACAGAUACAGGAAAAGAAAGGACUCGUAAAGAAUGGGAGUAUAUUUUGAAUGCAGUUGGAUUCAGCAGAUACACAAUCAAACACUUUAAUUAUGUUCAAUCACAUUAA